UUGCAGAGCUCAACACUAUUUCACCCAGGAUUGGCAUGGUGUGUGUGCGUCUGUGUGUGAUUUCCGUUUUCCAUCCCGUGAAGCGUUUAUAGUGCCGCACCCUGUCUUCUGUGCGUAAAACCUCCAACGUACAUCAUCAUCACACCCCACGUUUCUUCCAGCAGCGGGACGCGCCGAGGAGAACGGUUCACCUCGCGGACAGGUUGGGCACAGAGAUGGGAGUGGAGCGGCGGCUUUUCUGGCUAUGACACUGACACACCGGGCGGGAAGGAUGGCUCUAACCAGCCGGGAAAUGUUGUGCUUGAUCGGAACCACCUGCCUCUGGCUGCCGUUAUUUGCAGAGGUGGUGGCUGAGGACAGUUACUUAAACGAGGUGCAGAACUCAGUGCCUCUGUCCUGCUCUGAGGGAUUCACAGAGUUGGGAUACUACAACGGCACCGUGUCUCAGACGGACUCUGGCGCCCCCUGUCUAAAGUGGACCGAGUUUCCAGACUACGUCAUGCAGUACCCGGGCCGAGGGCUGGGCGACCACAGCUACUGCAGGAACCCAGAUCGAGAAUCAAACCCCUGGUGUUUCUUCAGACAAAACUCCGGAGCCAUCGGAUGGGCCUACUGCGACUGUCACCAGGGUGCGGUACGUCUGGUCGGCAGCUCAUCCUCUGGCAGUGGCCGUGUUGAGGUCUACCUGAACAGUCAGUGGGGGGCAGUGUGUGACUCUCACUGGUCAGACAGAGAUGCCAGCGUGAUCUGCAGGCAGCUGGGCCUGGGCGACAUUGGCUCGGCAUUGCAGCACUCACAGUUUGGCUCGGGCUCCGGCCUCUUCCACUACGAGCGUCUGGGUUGCCGCGGUGACGAAAACACCGUGAGCAAGUGCCGAAGCAGGACGUUCGUCACGGGUGACUGUAGCCAUGGAAACGAGGCGGCAGUGGUGUGUGCGCCGCCUGAAGGCAGUGGCCCUCCGCUCCGAUUGGUCGGAGGCGAGGAAGAAUUUGAAGGUCGUGUGGAGGUGUUUCAUGCAGGAAGGUGGGGCUCGGUCUGCGAUGACCAGUGGGACGACAGAGACGCUGAGGUGGUGUGCAGACAGCUGGGUUUUGGGGGAGUGGCAAAGGCCUGGUCAUGGGCUCACUUCGGUCAGGGUUCAGGCCCGAUCCUGCUGGAUGCUGUGAAGUGCACAGGAAACGAGCUCUUCCUGGAACAGUGUCCUCAUGGCGACUGGGAGCAGCACAACUGUGACCACAUGGAGGAUGCUGGGGUCUCCUGCAGCCCUUAUACAGAUGGUGUGGUGCGUCUGGUUGGAGGAGACAGUCCCUGGGAAGGCCGGGUCGAGGUUUUCCACAAUGGUGACUGGGGGACGGUGUGUGACGACCACUGGGCCCAGCAGCAUGCUGAUGUGGUCUGUAGACAGCUGGGCUACAGGGGUCACGCUGAGGUCGUGUCAGACGGGACGUUCGGGGAAGGCGUCGGUCUUAUCCUCCUGGACGACGUCCACUGUGAGGGAUCUGAAACGUCCCUGCUGGACUGUCCACACGGGAUCUGGGGGAGGACGGACUGCUCCCAUAGUGAGGACGUCGGUGUUCGCUGUAGGGGCCUAUCCAGCCAGGAGACCAAUGAAGUGCCGGUUAUCGCACCAUCCACAGGUCCCCUGGUGCGUCUUGUUGGUGGCAGCAGCAGGAAGGAGGGUCGAGUAGAGGUGUAUCUCCAUGGUGACUGGGGAAGUAUUUGUGACUCAGGCUGGAACGACUUGAAUGCAGCCGUCGUGUGCAGACAGCUCGGACACAGUGGUCGAGCGGUAGCAGCCGGAGGGUUCGGACAGGGGAAAGGGCCCAUCCACCUGGACCAGGUGAGGUGCACGGGGAAGGAAGAGUUCCUGGGCGAGUGUCCGUCUCUGGGCCAGAACAUCGAAGGUUGCAAGCGCAGGGUGGAUGCAGGGGUUAGGUGUGACAUCGCGCCGCAGGAGUUGGCGGUACAGGCCAAGCCUCAAGAGCUGAGCUGUGGGCUGAGGAAGCUGGUGGAGGAAGAGAGCAAGAGGAGGAACCAAGGGGAGGAAAACAUGCUCAGGACCACGUGGCCAUGGCAGGUGUCAGUGUGGCUUCAGUCUCAAGAAGAAGAUGGCAGUCCUCUCUGUAGCGGCACUCUGAUCAGUCCCUGCUGGGCCAUGACGUCUGCGUACUGUGUCAGCAGGUUUGGCAGCGAUCCGUCCAGGUACGUGGUGCGUGUUGGGGCAUCAGAGCAGACUCUCACCCCAGAGCAGGUGGUGGUUCACAGGAAGUUCAAGGGUCAGAGUGGAGGUCACGAUCUGGCUUUGUUGAAGUUACCCAGCUCCAAGGGUCACUGCCUGACCUUUGACCCAAACACCAACGCAGCAUGCCUUCCUGCUGCAGACACAGCAUCAGGGGGAAAUACUCCAUCUUCUUGUGUUGUCAUGGUUACUGCUGGCUGGAGAGGACCAGACUCAGUUCUUGCAUCCUGGGUCCCUCUGAUGUCAUCAUGGCAAUGUAAGAAGCGGUAUGGCGACAGCUUCUCAAGCCAUGGUACCCUGUGUGCCGCCAGUCCUCCGGACACCAGCCUCCUCCAUGGGGGCAGUUGUCAGGGCAGUUCUGGAGGCGGGCUGGUGUGUCAGGGGUCGAUGGGUCGAUGGGUCCUCACUGGGGUUGUCGCUGGGGGUUAUGGCUGCGCCGACCCCUCCUCUCCCUCGCUUUACACUCGAGUCAGCCGCUUCAGGAGCUGGAUCGAGGAGGUCAUCAACACACGAGCACACCCAGAGGAACCGCACACACACACAACGACACAAGAAGAUCUGACACAUGUCGACAAUGACCUAACACACAUACACGGGGAACACACACACAGCGAGGGCAAGGAUGAAUAUUCCCACAUGCACGGCAAGCUCAAACACACACACAAUCAACAGCAAACAAAUGAGAUCAGCGGUAUUAAACAAACACACACUCAUCAUUCACAUACUAAUCAGCACGGUAACACACACACUAAAAGCUUGCAUACCCACCAUGUAGGUGAUGCAGACACAAACACACAAAUUCUGGUCUGAUUGAGGCCGUGCCAUUGGCUUACCAUCUGUGCCAUGUGACCGCCUGAGGAGGAAGAGGAGGAGGAGGAGGAGGAGGAAGGAGAGUUAAAGGAAGACGAAAAUAAACUUUAACAGCAAAAGAAAAGAAAGAUGCUCCUAACUUAAGUCAGUACAAACAGCCGUCUCUGUGCUCAUUUCAAAUCUGAACUCGGUGUUGUGAAUCCCAAGUGUUUGCGGUUGCUAAUCAUCGGAUGAGUACAGCAGUGUGGGCAGACCUUACUGAGCUGCCAGGAUGACAAAGUGUGUGGGUGAUUUGUGGUGCUUUACAUGUGAGUUACAGCCCGUUAAGAGGCGGAACGACGGCUGAUGGGUCGGCAGCGUUUAGGUUGAGCCUGGCAUGCUGAUCAGGGCCUUUCACUGAUACUGAAAAUCAAAAAAAUCAGCAUGGCAUGAAUUUAAGGGCAAUAGUGUUAGCAUAAAAAACAUUUGGUGGAUAUUUCUGAGAUGGUCACACAAGAAUCUAUGCUAAAAAUUCACCUAUUAAUGUGUGUCUUCUGUGUGAGCUGCUUAGUAAGAAAAAUCAUCAACUAACCACCAGAACAUCUAGAUUAAAGGCUGACUGUCUAUCAUCACCGUCCCUCUAAGAUGAUUAAUAUAGAUAAACCAAUCUCCUGCAUCAGGUGACGCUCAAAUUAAGUUUGUAUAAAAAUUAACAUGUGGGUUGCUUUUUCAAACAGGGCUUCUGGCUGUUGUCUAAUACCUUUACUGGUGAAAGUGCUGUUUAGACCCUGACUAAGCUAUUUAACUUGGGACCAUACCAGUGAUUUUUCACGCCUGUCUACUUUGAAACCCAAAGUUCAGGGCGCUCCUGUGCUUUUUCAUGCAAGUACAGACGAAGUGUUGUUCCCAAGGUCCAAAUACGUAUAAAAAACUGGAGUUAGAUAAAUACAGAACGCAAUCAGGAAAUCAAAAAUAAUGGAAACACAUGUCAGAAGUAAAAACACAUCUGCUAUACUCAAUCUAUAGUAUAAUAAUGACACCUUUUCUAAAACGGUUUAAAAUGUUUAUUCAUGGUUAAUACAUUGUUUACUAGUUAUUUAUAGUUCAGUUAUAAGCAUUUAACACAACAGACUUUUGGGUUGCCAGGUUUAUAAUUAUAAUUUAUAAUUAACAGAUGCUUUACUUACUUUUUCUCAUUAGAAACAUAAUUUAUGUCUCUCACUCAUUAGCAUUUAUAAUGCCAGACUUCAUAUUAAAAAGUGAGACACUCAUUAUCCUUUAUUACCAGGCACCCCAAAAGUUGUUAAUGGUUUAUAACUGAGCUAUAAAGCUAUAAUCAAUUAGCCAUUAAAAAGUUAAUUAGCUGUAUAAUGCUCAUAUCAAAGUCCACAAAUAAUGAAUUUAUGUUAUGUGUCUCUUUUUUCACUUUAGCCUCAUAUCAGAAGUGUGGUGAUUUCUCAAAAAUAUUCCCUGCUUUCCAGGAAGUGUUUGGUUUCCAGGAAACUUGUGGAAUCCAUUACAGUAUGUUAAAUCUGCAUUUAUUUUUGUCAAAGUCGCAUUAUUGUCAAGAGGUAACGCGUUUUUUUUCUAUCCAGAUCAAUUAGACUGGUUUUAAGAGUCUGCUAAUUGAUUUGUAUUCCAAAGGGAACCCCUGAAUAUGGUUUCAUCAACAAUUAUAUAGAGUGUAAACCAUUUGCUGUAUUUGGAGUUUGGGAGAUGAAACUUGCAAAAACACUGGUAUGGUCCUUUAAACUGUACAGGACAAUAAUCUCCUUUCAAAGCCAUUGGAAGCUGUCGGGUCAUAAAUUAUCUUUUUGUGCUGAUUCCAGCAUAUGGCUCUAGAUAGAUAGAUGGAUAGCUAGCUACUACUCCUGAGUUUAGAUAGUAUGUGUACUGCAUUCAUUCUUGACUGAAUUAGAUAGCCGAACUCUUGAAAUUAAAUGUUGUCUGUUCUGUUGUACUCUGAGCAGAUGUGUGAUCUAACCAGAAGAUGGCGACGUUGCUCUAUUUUCACAGGGCCACCGUUGUUGGAUGAUAUGGCCCUGACGGUUCUUUUUAUACUGUUGCUAUAAGUGUACGGACUUGACUUGUGCUUUUGAUGUACCGUGAACCAUUGUGUUGUGAAGCAUCUUGUAACCUGCAACCGCUGUUUCUCCAACAUGGACCUGUCCAAUGCCUGUUGUUAUAAUCAUGUACAUAAACUCAAUCUUAUCACUACUCCUACCUUCCUGAGAAUUGAUGUUUUAUCAUGCAGAUCCUGUAGGUUAAUGUAAAUAAUGUAUGUCUAUGGUUGGACAGUGAGGGAGCAAUGUAAAGUGUUUAAGGCCUACUUUACCUGUGUUAAACCCUUCAGCUGUUCCUCAGUGUAAUGUGCUGAAUCAUGGUUGAGUAUUAAAACAUAUACCUGGUGAGU